ACUAGAAUUGCAGAAACGAAUAACCGGCGAAAUGCUUUUCUACUCAUUCUUCAAGUCAUUGGUGGGCAAAGAUGUUGUGGUGGAGUUGAAAAAUGACCUCAGUAUUUGUGGCACGCUCCAUUCGGUAGAUCAGUUCCUCAACAUCAAGUUGACAGACAUCAGUGUCACAGAUCCUGACAAAUACCCACACAUGUUGUCAGUAAAGAACUGUUUUAUCCGAGGAUCUGUGGUACGAUAUGUCCAGCUUCCCGGAGAUGAGUGCGACACACAGCUUCUUCAAGAUGCAGCAAGAAAAGAGGCUGCACAAAAUAAGCAGAGAUGAUAAAACCAUGGAUGUGAUGUUUCUUAAAAUAGAAAUCUUAAAACACUGCUGCCUAUUUAUUCCAAGGGAACUCGCACAAAUUUAAAGUCUAUUUGUGUUGACUUUUCUAAGCACUGUUUAAUACAUCUGAGAUAUACAGUCCCCAAACAUCAGAAUUCAACCUUUGAGAGAUGAAAUAAUCAUGUUACAUAAGCCCUAUAACUAUUUUCAAUAAUGUUACAUGUAUUUCAUUGUACAUACGUGUAUGUAUUAAGUUACUGCAAAUGCUUGUAUUCUGCCUCUAUCACUAGUAAUCUGUUAUUAUACUUUUUCUGUUAGUAAGAUGCGCUACAGAGAUGUUUAAUGUCAUAGUGUUUAUUUCUCUUCCCAACAAGUCAUGAAGGGAAUUCAAGUUGUAUUCAAAGUUAGUUUUAAAUAUUUAAAUGAAGCUCUUCAUAAUGUGAGGUCAAGACAAAGUAGUUUUACUAAUUAAGGUUGAACUUUCAUUAAUUGAGGAUAUCACUCCCAUCAUCGUUGUGUAUUUUGUACCGAUUUUAAAAUAGAGAUUGAUGGAUGAGCUCAAAGUGUCUAAAGUCUUAAGUUUAAAAAAUGAUUUUACCAGUAUUCGCUAAGCUAUGGAAUGGGUUGAAAAAGGGGGAUGUUUAUCUUGAAAAAAAAUAUACAAUUGAAGAUGUGGAAGUGUUCAUGUUUGAGAUUGUUCGCAUAAAUGAAAGGCUUUUUUUAAGAAUAUUACAGGAUUGUAUUAAAGGAAAUAUGAAAUUGCAUCAACCAAUGCUUAACUUUGUACCAUCUUACACACAAAAAUUAUAAAUCAUUGUUUUGUUACAAGGCUGUCUUUUGUUUACAGCAAUGUCAUGUUGUAUAUACAUGUAUAUAUAUAAUAUUGAACAUUGUUAAAAGAUAAUAAAAAAAAAUCAGAAAAAAAAAAUCCAAAUUAAGUGUUGUUAGAAUUUGUAAAAUUAAAAGGUAUUUAUUGUUGUGGUUAUAAAUAUAAUCUAAAACUGAAACUAAAAAUAUUUUCUAUAAGACUGGCUUGGGUGUAAAUUUUCAGUAUUAAAACCAAAUUGAGAAAAAAAAAUCUAAUCUCAUAUUACAAUGUAUUCUAAAAUUGCAAUA